CUGGUCUCUGCUCCUCCCCAGGUGAGGCCUCGUUUCCUCCGCGCCGGGCACCCCCACCCUCUCAGCCAGGAUGCCGACGAGGCGCUGGGCCCCGGGCACCCAAUGCAUCACCAAGUGUGAGCACACGCGCCCCAAGCCGGGAGAGCUGGCCUUCCGCAAGGGCGAUGUGGUCACCAUCCUGGAGGCCUGCGAGAGCAAGAGCUGGUACCGGGCCAAGCACCACGCCAGCGGGCAGGAGGGGCUGCUGGCGGCCGGCGCGCUGCGGGAGCGCGAGGCCCUGUCCGCGGACCCCAAGCUCAGCCUCAUGCCGUGGUUCCACGGGAAGAUCUCGGGCCAGGAGGCCGUGCAGCAGCUGCAGCCGCCCGAGGACGGGCUGUUCCUGGUGCGCGAGUCCGUGCGGCACCCCGGCGACUACGUGCUGUGCGUGAGCUUCGGCCGCGACGUCAUCCACUACCGCGUGCUGCACCGCGACGGCCACCUGACCAUCGACGAGGCCGCCUGCUUCUGCAACCUCAUGGAUAUGGUGGAGCAUUACAGCAAAGACAAGGGGGCCAUCUGCACGCGGCUCGUGAAACCCAGGAGGAAACAGGGCACCAGGUCGGCGGAGGAGGAGCUGGCCAAGGCCGGCUGGUUGCUGAACCUGCAGCAUCUGACGCUGGGAGCGCAGAUCGGCGAGGGCGAGUUUGGAGCCGUCCUGCAGGGCGAGUACCUGGGCCAGAAGGUGGCCGUGAAGAACAUCAAGUGUGACGUGACGGCCCAGGCCUUCCUGGACGAGACGGCGGUCAUGACGAAGAUGCAGCACAAGAACCUGGUGCGGCUCCUGGGCGUGAUCCUGCACCAGGGUCUCUACAUCGUCAUGGAGCACGUGAGCAAGGGCAACCUGGUGAACUUCCUACGGACGCGGGGCCGGGCCCUCGUGAACACCCCUCAGCUCCUGCAGUUCUCCCUGCACGUGGCCGAGGGCAUGGAAUACCUGGAGAGCAAGAAGCUGGUGCACCGAGACCUCGCCGCCCGCAACAUCCUCGUUUCCGAGGACCUGGUGGCCAAAGUCAGCGACUUCGGCCUGGCCAAGGCCGAGCGGAAGGGGCUGGAUUCCAGCCGGCUGCCGGUCAAGUGGACAGCGCCUGAGGCUCUCAAACACGGGAAGUUCUCCAGCAAGUCGGACGUGUGGAGUUUCGGGGUGCUGCUGUGGGAGGUCUUCUCGUAUGGCCGGGCCCCGUACCCCAAGAUGUCGCUGAAGGAGGUGUCGGAGGCCGUGGAGAAGGGGUACCGCAUGGAGCCCCCCGAGGGCUGCCCGGGCCCCAUCCACGCCCUCAUGGGCAGCUGCUGGGAGGCCGAGCCCGCCCGCCGGCCACCCUUCCGCAAACUCGCCGAGAAGCUGGCCCGGGAGCUGCGCACUGCGGGCGCCUCGGCCCCCACGGGGGGACAGGACGCGGACGGUUCCACCUCACCCCGAGACCAGGAGCCCUGACUCUGCCCAGCCCCAGACGACCCAGAGAGUGGGGGGCACGGCUGGGUGCAGGCCAGGACCGAGGAGGGUCACGGCUGGCGAGCUGCCCCCCGGCUCACGGCGCAGAGGCCGACCAGCGUGGGGGCUCCGGGCAGCCCGUGGACCCCAGAGCCGGGAGGCGAAGGAUCAGCACCUCGAUAAAGACUGGUUCCGAGGACU